AUGAAGCUGUCAGUAAUAUUCGUCACGUUGGCGCUUGCCAUCUCUUCGGCGCAAGCGUGUGCCAGGUACAAGACCUGCUGGUGCGAGAGGAGCAACGUUGAGUACCAGGGCAAGAUCCAGGACAACAUCGCCUGGGACGAGGACACGGUGAAGGCCUGUGCCGGCACCGGGGAGGCUGGCUACUACGGCCAGAACUUCCAGGAGUGCUACCGGUACAAGAGCAGUCGAUGGUGGUUUAUCAAAGCCAAGGCCAUCAACAACUGCGAUUGGACAGAUAAAUGCAUUGCUGCCGGCGCUACCAUCGGGUACUGUCGUGACAAGAUUUGA